AUAAAAUCAACAAAUCAAAAAAGAAAAGAAAUUCAAUUUUCCAUGCCAUAGGUGAGAAGAAACUUUGAUUCUUUGAACCGUCCGUGUUUUUAGUUCAUCGGGAGAAGGAAGCUUCAGAAAUUUGAGGCGUUUUUUUGCUUCCAAUUCCAAGGAUUUUGAGCGGACCCUCAUAGUUCUUUGUUUGCUCGCGAAGAAACCGGGAAAUUUCCACGCUGUUGCUCGUCUUUGACUACUGGUGGCUGGGAUCAUCUUUAUUUUCAUGUGCAUCGGUUCCCUUCAAUACAAAAAAGGUCUUUCUCGCUCCCAAAUUUUUGUUAAUUCGUUUUCAACUUUGAAGACCUUGCUUCUUGCGUCGAUCUUCCAUCUUACACAGAAUCGAAUGGCCGCUGGUGCGGCUCGUAAACGAGUGGGGCAAUUGGUAGCCAAUUCAGCUUUUCGAAGUUUGGGAGCUUCGAAGGUGUCUUCGUUCGAAAGCGCAAUCUCCGACCAUUCUGCAAAUAAUUUAUCGGCAUUCAUCUCUUUGAUUUCUCGGUACAGACACUGUGAAUUUAGGCAGAUCUCUCACCUUUCAAAAUCCAACGGAAAGCGUUUAUUUCUAGUCGACACGUUAGCCCUAGUUAGGAAAUUGGAGGGUCAAGGGGUGCCCUCAAAUCAAGCUGAAGCAAUAACAGAUGCCAUUACCGAAGUGUUAAAUGAUAGCUUGGAAAAUGUAUCUCAUUCAUUUGUUUCAAAGGGGGAGAUGCAGAAAAUUGAAAUGAUCCAGGAGGCCAAUUUGUCGAAAUUCAAAUCUGAAGUUCAAAGCUCACAGGGGCACCAUUUUUCGUUAUUGGGACACGAGACCGAAAAACUCCGAAAUGAUAUUGAUAAGAUGCGCAAUGAGUUGAGGUAUGAAAUUGACAAAGUCACAGCUGGACAGCGAUUGGAUUUGAAUCUUGAGAGAGGGAGGAUACGGGAUGAGCUAGCUAAUCAGAAUGCUGAAACAAACAACCUAACUAAUAAACUUGAUCGGGAAAUUCAUGCUCUGAGGGCACAAGUGGAAGCUGCGAAAUACGAUGUAAUAAAAUACUGCAUCGGUACCCUUGUUUCCAUAUCUGCUGUGGGUCUGGCUGUGAUCCGCAUAUUGAUGUGAACAGUAUAAGGUGAUGCUCAUAAAGUUCUUAUAGGGAUUUAUCAGGACCAUUUUUUUCUUAGAAUUCCUUCAACAACAUGACAUUAUUUCUAUUUUUUCUUUCUUUCUUUCUUUAAGCUUCUUCCAGAGAAUUUCCAUGUAUUAUUGUUUUCACAUGGAAAUAGAUGUGGAUGUAGGACAUGUCAAUUACCACUCUGUCGAUAAUAAACAUUCUUUCGAUUUCGAUGUCAA